UCAAGUUUUUGGGGAUUCGCACAUUUUCCAUUUGGGGCUUCGCCGACCAAAUCAAAACCCUACAAUUUUUCAAAUUGGAAACCCACCUGAAAACUCACACAGACAAUAUGAGAGGCAGUCGGCGACCCAAGCCGUCGAUGAACCCACGGCCACCGCCACCAUCAACGCCGCUCGAGCACUUCCGCCACCGCGACUCCGACGCAAGCUUCGCAAGCAGCCGCCCCUCCUCUAUCGGAAUCGGCGGCGGUCCCGGCGGCUCCAUCGCCAACGUCGACCUCUACAAAGACCGCUCCUACCAGCAAUCCGCGCUCUCCGCCAUCAAUUCCUACCUUUCCUCUCACUCCGUCCAGGUCUUCCUCAAAUUCCCGAUCCCUCCCGCCAGAGAGAUCACCGAAGCCCUGAAAUUCCUCGUCGCCCGGCUCGAUUGGCCGUCGCCGAAGCUCGAAGACGACCUCCCGGUGAUUCUGAAAUCCCUGAAAUGCCCUUUCAAGCUCAACAAGUCCAUGAUUCGAAACCCUACGGUGAAUUCGCACCAGUGGCCGAACCUGCUCGCUGUGAUUCACUGGCUGUUCCAGCUUGUUCGUUACAACGAUCACCUGGAGCAGAAUUCCGAGGCGUUUCUGGACAACAACCCUGUGGGUCAGUACACGUUGCAGAGCUACUUGCAUUAUAUAAGGGGCCAAGAUGAUGAAGCUGAGGAGGUGGAUCGUGAGUUUGUGGGGAAGUUCGAGAGGCAGAGGGACGAAUCGGAGGAGCAAUUGAAGGUUCUGCAGCAGCAUGCGACGGAGCUGGAGGCGGAAGUGGAAGCCUUGAGGUCGGAGCCGUCGCCUAAGGAGGCAUUAGAGAGGGAGAAGAGUAUGCUGGAAGAGGAUGUGAGCAAGUUCCAUGAGAUGAUUGAGAAUCUCGACAAGAAUGUGAAGAAACUGCAGAAAGUUUUGGAGGAGAAAGAGAAGGCAUUGGAGGCCAAGAGGGAAGAGAAGAAGUGGAUUUUACAGGAGAAUGAGGAGCUGAAGAAGAGAGUCGAAUCACAGAGUUUUAAUGAGAGGGAUGUGGAGAGAAUGAAGAGGGAAUUGCAGGCUGUGGAGAGGGACAUUGGGGAAGCGGAGCUGGCUAGGAAUGUGUGGGAGGAGAAGGUUUGGGAAUUGGAUAACACGCUUGGCCCAAAGGUUAAGGAGUUGGAGGCUUUGGCAAUGGAGUGUAACCAAGUCAUGAGGAGGUUGAAACUUUGUAAUGGCUUUCAGUAUGUAUUGAAUCCUAAGGGAUCAACACCUGCUGAGGUGAUGGGAGUUGACUAUAAAUCAACUUUAAAGCCUGCACUUGACUCAUACUCUCAAAAAAUAAAGAAGGAUUCUGUGGAAACACUGGAUGGGUUGAUUUUGCUUCAGCAUCAGUCGAGUGCACUUUCUGCUGAUAUUGAGGAAAAAAGAAAUGAUAUAUCAACACUUCAGUCGCGUCUUGAUGAAGUGGAAGCUCAAUUGAAUUCCUUAAGGAAAGAGACACAGGACUAUACUCAUAGAUGUGAAGAAGAAGCUAGAAAUAUGAUGGAUGAAGUUAAAAAGGAGGCUCAUGACAUGAAUAUUGUGGAAAGAGAAGCAGCCGAGAUUCUGAAGACUUCCAAAUUGAAAUUGCGGGAAGUAACUAAACAAACUGAAGAAGAGACUCAGAGGUGUGCUUGCGAACUCGUUGCCAUAAUUGACUCGGUCUCAAAAUACAAAGAACAUGUGCAGUCAAAGAUUGAAGAAAUGAAUAGAGAUGUCUCCGAUACUGCAGCUAUGUUAUCAGAUAUUCACAAAGGUUCGUUGCAAUCCCAGUUUUCUGUUCGAUUCAAGCCAACGCUCUGAAUCGACUGAAGCCAGCAAGGUCUAUCAGCUUCAGUAGGCUGUCAUACACUCAUACUUGUGCUCCUACUGAUCAUCUUUUGCUGCAUUUAGUGUGUGCUAAAUUAUGUUGUGGUUUUGUCUGUAGGCAUGGUUUGUGUAUAUAGAUGCCUGUAUUCUAAUUGUAAUGCCAUGUUUCAGUAAAAUUUGGAAAUUCUGGACAAUCUUAUACUUUCAUGUUAGUGCUUAAUGUGUUUGGUUGAUCGAAUGAAGGCUUAAUUCGGAGUA